AUAUUGAUCACUCUAAGAAUAUCUCAAAUAUAUAUGACAAAUUAUUUUUCCAGUUAUUAACUUUAAAUUUUAGUUUACGCAACUUUUAUGAACAUGAAGACUUUUCUAUUGAUUGCCUCCUGUGUUAUGCUGUUUGGUAAAGGUUCUGCUAUCAUGUGCUACAACUGCACUUCCGUGUCAUUAUUUCCAGUCGAAGGUUGUGGAGACGGGAAGAAUAUGAUAGAUGAAUUUCUUGUGGAAUGUCCUGAAGAGAAACCUUACUGCUCUGUAUUACUUAUGGAUGGAGUAUUUCCAGGCUAUAAUGAUCCUAUGCGGACGUACCAGCGAGGCUGUUCUGAUUCGCUGAUGAAUAGCUGCUUCCCUUCCCCUGCUGGGUUUGACGGAACAAGCUGCUUCACAACUUGCAAAACAGACGGUUGCAACACGGAACAAACUACAAAACCGGUUGCCCGAGUAGCGACUCUUGCACCGCCGGUUUUCUCAGAAUCUGCGACGGUUCCAAAUCCAGAAUCCCCCAAAUCUGAAGCAAUGGUAACACCAGAGACCACACCCGAGCCAACAAGAAAACCAGAACCUUCUUCAACACCGGAGCCGGAGACAACUCCGGAACCCUCAAAACAACCAAAACCGGAACCGACAACUACUCCAGAAACAGCCGAUACUACGACAAAAAGCGACGCACAAAAAGUUGGACUCCAAAUUCACACAAUCAUUAAUUUAUUCGUCUGCAUAGUCUGCACAAUUUUGUUUACCGGGUUUAGAAGCAAUUAAUUUUUACGUUUUCGACUCCGGAUAAUCUGGUAACGGCAGAAGUCAUAAUGACAGACAAUUAUUCUACUAUGCCUGCUCAGUUUUCAAUAAAUCUAUAUAAAUCAAAGUUUAAGAAUCGAAUUUUUUUUAUGAAAUAGAAUAAUUUAGCAAAUACAGCAAUAUAAAAGUACUACCGUUACUUCGAGUACAAACUCGCAAAAAUCAAUUAGCAAGAAUUCCCAAAAUGGCGCCUGGCGCUCAACACUCGCUCGCGCGUAUUUUAAAAUUUAGCAAGAUUUAUAGGCCUCAACAGCCCAGUUAAAUUUGAAAACAAAACCAGAAGUAAUGGCAUGUGUAUGUGGCACUUUUGUCUUUAACUAUUGAAACUUUUUAGACCAUUAGUCGCAAUAGUUAAAGCUGUUUUAACCUGAUAACUUCAAAACAAGAAUAUGAAAAGCAACCAAAAGCCCAUUUACUUAUUUUCGUUUUGUUUUGUCUUGAUUCUUGCUGAUAGAAUUUGUGGAAUAGAGGCAAGUUUAAUAAUAGCAGCUGUAUUUCCAUGUGGAAAUGAAAUUUCACUAAUGUUAUCAACGUUCAUAAUUAGAGUAAAACACAAGAAAACGGUUUGUGGUUUUUAUAUUGAAAAUAUGAAUAUGGCUCUCUCAUUUUACACUAAAUUAUUGAAAUACGCUGUAUCCAACCUCAAUAUCUUAUUUAUGGGCCUAUUUCAGUACAAUAUAUAGGAUGUCCAUAAAGUCUUAGAAUUUUUCAAAAUUGCAAAGGGGAUUUAUCGAUACCAUAUAUUGUGUUGGCCCUCACUGAUGUAUUAAUUGAAAUAAAAACAAUUGAACAAUUACUGAUUAAAAACAACAAAUCUGUGUAAGAUAUAUUAAGAACUGAUUUCAUAACAAAACUAAAGUUGUAAAGGGAAUUUAUGGACACCCUCAUAAUACCGACAAUCAUUGUUUCAAUACUAGUGUUCUAUACUAUGCUGCUUUUGUAUGUAACCUAUUUUAUUGUCUUGAAUAAACUCAUGCCAUACAUA